UGCAUCUUUGUCUGCAGACCGGAAGUGGAGUGGUGUAGUUGAUCCGUAACUUCCUGUUGACUCAAGCGUCUUGAAGUGGGUGAAAGGUGAGGAAGACGACGGGCUGUGACUCUUUGUCAGAAGCUUUAACCUCCGACACGAUGCUGCAGAACACAGGGAAGUUAGCUGGCUGCACGCUCUUCAUCACCGGAGCGAGCCGAGGGAUCGGUAAAGCCAUCGCUCUGAAGGCCGCCAGAGACGGUGCCAACGUCAUCAUCGCUGCCAAGACCGCCGAACCCCACCCCAAACUCCCCGGAACCAUCUACACCGCUGCUCAGGAGGUGGAGGCAGCAGGAGGGAAAGCGUUGGCUUGUGUCGUCGACAUCCGUGACGAGAAGCAGAUCGACGAGGCUGUUCAGAAAGCUGUCGACAAGUUUGGAGGAAUCGACAUCCUGGUGAACAACGCCAGCGCCAUCAGUCUGACAGGAACUCUGGAGACGCCCAUGAAGAAGGUCGACCUGAUGCUGGGAAUCAACCUGAGAGGGACUUACCUGACGUCUAAGCUGGUCAUCCCUCACCUGCUGAAGAGUCAAAAUCCUCACAUCCUGAACCUGUCGCCUCCGCUCAACCUCAACCCCGUCUGGUUCAAGAACCACACAGCGUACACCAUGGCGAAAUACGGCAUGUCCAUGUGCGUCCUGGGAAUGGCCGAAGAGUUCAGAGGUCAAAUUGCUGUCAACGCCCUUUGGCCUAAAACCGCGAUCCAGACAGCAGCUAUGGACAUGUUGGGUGGAGAGGGCAUCAGUAAACAGUGUCGUACAGCUGACAUCAUGGCAGACGCCGCCUACGCCAUCCUGUCCUGUCCAAAGGACUACACGGGUCAUUUCGUAGUGGACGAGGACAUCCUGAAGGAACAGGGAGUCAAAGACUUCGAUCAGUACGCCGUCCUGCCAGGUCACCCCCUGCUGCCAGACUUCUUUCUGGACGAAGCACCGGAGGCGCUGGCCAAACAGAUGGAGCAACACGGGGCGACCCCAGCCUUCAAACCACCAUCAUCAUCGUCAGCCACACCUCCCUCCGGUGGACCAGUAGAAAGCACGUUUGAUGUCAUCAGAGGAAUCAUUAACGAAGAUGUUGUCAAGUCAACGCAGGGCAUUUAUCAGUUUGACCUGUCAGGAGAUCACUCGGGCGUUUGGUUCCUGGACUUGAAGAGCGGCCCUGGCAGCGCUGGUCAGGGCCAGCCGCCCGUCAAAGCUGACGUCAUCAUGACGAUGGACUCCAGUGACUUCACGAAGAUGUUUGCAGGGAAGCUGAAGCCCACGCUGGCCUUCAUGGCGGGGAAACUGCGGAUCAAAGGUGACAUGACGCUUGCCAUGAAACUGGAGAAACUCAUGAGCCGCAUGAACAAGGCCAAACUGUGAGACUGAAGCCCCGCCCCGGCCCCUGUCAGGCCCCGCCUCCUGUUUGAAGCUGUACAUGUUGCCUUACUAAUGAAAGAAUAGUAAUAUGUGUUAAUAAAAUCCACCUUGAUAAUAAA